UCCCUCCACAAAUGCUGCCUGACCCACUGAGUUCUUCCAGCACUUUGUUGUUUUAACCCAAGUUUCCAGCUCGUGCUGUGUCCUGUAUCUCUGUGAUAAUUUCUAAACUCGUUAUUCAUGCCUGGUUUCCAGGGUCUGAGCAGUGGGGGACAACUCCGUCAAUGGGUGGGUCUGGGGACGGCUGUCAAAGCCAUUCUGUAAGUGCAGCGGUCGCUGAACAUAAGUUCAUGUCAGAGGAGCAAAUGGGCCGAAUGGCCCAUCAAGCCUAGUGCACCAUUCAAUCAUAGCUGAUCUAUCUUUCCCUUUCAACCCCAUUCUCCUGCCUUCUCCCCAUAACCCCAGACCCACGUACUAAUCAAGAAUCUGUCAAUCUCUAGGAUAGAAUGUACAGAAAAACUAGGAGAGGCCCAGGCCUAACCCAGGACACUGUGCUGGGAGCCGGCUUCCAUAGGGAGACUGUACUUGGGACAACUCUGGAGGGACAGUGUGGUCCAAGCGCAGACAGCAGCAGUUUUGGGUCAGGGGAAGAUCAGCCCCACUGUCCAGCAGCAGUUGGAAUCUCUUGAGUGCUGCCGGGCCGGUGGAGAGAUAUCAUUAAAUAUUCUCUUUUCCAGACCUGGAGAGUGGGAAACUGACGGGAUAUGUGGGAUCGGACAAUGAUGGGGAAAUCGUACUUCUUCCUGUCACUUCUCCAAGGUACCGUCAGCAACAGCUUGUAUGUGUUUAUGGCCGACUGUCUGUACAUUCUCAUGAUGGGGAAUAACCUCCAUCACUGAUACAACCCUCACUCUCUCUGUAUCCCUGAGCAUCGCCCAUUUACUCCCUUCCUACCCACGUGCCUGUCCAAAUGUCUUUUAAAUGUUAUUAUUGUACCGGCCUCAACCACUUCCUCUCACAGCUCGUCAUAUAUACCCUCCACCUUUGUGUGAAAAACCUGUUACUCGGGUCCCCUUUAAAUCUUUCCCAUCUCACCUUAAACCUGUGGCCUUUAGUUUGAAACUCCCUACAAUGGGAGGGGAUCAAAAACCUGCCUCUGGUAUGAACAACCUACUUUCUGCUGGUGCUUGCUGUAUCUAUCACUGCACUCCACCCACCACUGUUCUCACAGGCUGCCAGGGAGACCUUGAGGUCGUCCCCUGGGUCAGUGCAUGCGAGUUGCAGCAGCUGACCCUCAGUAAGAGAGUCCGUUCACGGACAGUUCAUGUUUUCAGAGGCAGAAAAGCACGAGAAGGUAUUCACACACUUUGUCAUCCCACAAUGCCCAGGAUGUGAUUCCUACACAAUGGAGUCUGGAAGAUCCACAAGUCCUCCAGUGCCUAAUGUUGUUCCUCCUCUCCUCAGCUGCAGUAUCAACGGAGUGGACAAUCAACGUUCAAUUAAAUGUGACAGCACAGAGGGGUCUGUGUGCCCGGAUUCCGUGCAACUACAGUUACCCGUCGCGUCUGAACAAAAUACCACCCGUUGGAAUCUGGAUUAACGAUAAGAACUGGAACAAUCAGCUUAUCGCUUUCCACUCCAGGGAUCACAGUAACGAAUCAUCAAGGUUUUACAAUCGGACCCGGCUGUCUGGAGCACUGAGAGACGGCAACUGUACUCUGGUUAUAUACAACAUCAGUCAGGAAGAUGAAGGUCCUUAUCAUUUUAGGAUAGAAUUCAUUAACAACGAUCGUUUCAGCUUCUUCCCUGUAACACGGCUCCGUGUUUCUGAUUUCACAGAUAAACCCUCAAUAUUCCCUGUUGAAACGGUGGAAGGAAAGACUGUGAACAUAACCUGCACCUUCAACACCACAUGUGAUGGAACAGCUUCCACCUUAACCUGGGUCACCCCCAAUGAUGAGCCACUGUCAGUCUCACAUAGUAUAACUCAGUGGAGUGACAGUCUGACACAUACUUCUGUUGUGUCCCUGACCCCAGCGCUCAAACAUCACAGGCAAAACCUCACCUGCAGAUUCAGAUACCGAACUGUUUCAUCGGAGCAGACCCUCACACUGACUGUUCAAUGUAAGUAUGAAGAUUAUUUAUUGUACACAAACAACAAUAGUCCACGUUGUACACAGAUGAUGCCACAGCAGCACUGUAAAACUGACAGAAAUGUCUGUCUUUUCCCAAGUAACUCUGGGCAAGGACACUUGGGAUACCCCUCUCCUGCUUCAAGAGACACUCCCACUGCACUGCCCCUCCUGCUGGGCGACGCUCCCUCAAUAUUGCCCCUCCCCAGGGUUGAUGCCCCCUUACCAAGUGUGGAGCUCCCACUGUACUGGCCCUCCCAAUGUGGUGCUCUCUCAGUACCGCCCCUCCCACAGUGCAUCACUCCCUCAACACUGCCCCAUUAACAGUACGGAGGUCCCUCAGCAAUGCCCCAUAAUAUGCUGCAUUUUGCCCUUCUAACAUAUAGCAAUUUCCUCAGUAGCCUGAACAGUGACAGAAACAAACUUGCGCGAAUAUCUGACGUUUUCACUAGUGAUCUCUAAUGAUGCCCCACAACUGGUGCCCAGGAACUGAUCUGUAUUUGCUUUUAGAUUCCCCACAGAAUCUCUCAAUCACUUCUUCCGACAAGGUGAACAAAUCCUGGGUCAGUAUAAAGGAAGGGAACUCUGCAGCGAUCCUCUGCUCCGUCGAGAGUUUCCCAGCAUCUAACCUGACAUGGAGACAUCUUGGUGUUACACUGAACAAAACAAGUUCCAACAACGAGCUGUGGUUGGAGUUCCCUCAGGUGACACCGCGCCUCACUGGGGUCUAUCAGUGUGUGGCGGAGAAUAAACAUGGGACAACGGAAAGGACCGUGACCCUCGCCAUAGAACGUGAGUGAACACACCGACGUGUCUCUCCAAAGACCAACAUAAGAUGUGUUGUAAAUUACCUAAGCUAUAAUUACCUAAGCUUUUAUCAAUACAUAAGGGAGAAAUGUGUAACUAGAGAGAGAGAGGGAGCCCUCAGAAAUCAAAGCGGUCAUCUCUGUGUGGAGCCACAGGAGAUGUGCAAGGUCCUUAAUGAGUAUUUCUCCUCUCUAUAAACUCCGGAGAAAGACAGGAGCGCGGAGGAACUUACGGAAGUCAAUGGAAGUGUCUUGAGAGCAGUUCCUGUUAAGGUUGAAGAGGUGCUGAAGGUACUGUCGUGUCUGAAGAUAGACAAAUCUCUAGGGCCUGAUCAGAUAUUUCUGAGGACAUUGUGGGAAACUAGCGAUGUAUUUGCCAGAGCCCAGGCUGAAAUUUACGAGUCAUCUUUAAAUACAGGAGAGGCACCGGAAGACUGGAGGGUGGCAAAUGUUGUGCCUCUAUUCAACAAGAGCUGCAGGAAAAUGCUGGGAACUAUAGGCCAGUGAGCUUAACAUCUGGCAUUGGAAAGUUACUCAAGAGUAU